AUGAGUGAGACCUGCAGUGCAAGACCAAAGCGCAAAGCUGCCUUAAGGGCAAACAAAAUGAUAACAGAACCGGAGUUGCUCUGGAAAGCUUUCGAGAAAGCUAAGCCACGUAUGUGUGGACAAGCGGCCAAGAAGACGAUUGAGGUCAUGGAAGACUUCCGCCUAUUAUCAGAUUACGAGUCCCCAAGAAAACAUUCCUUCUACGCCAAGGUCAAAGGAAAAGGGCAAGAAGAUGAUCCCGAAUUCUACUACUAUCCCUAUCUGUUGGUGCUCCAGGCCUUAUGGCCUGAUAGCGAGCACGUUCAAACCCUUGCAAAAGCGUUUGCCAGGUACUGGGGUGUCCCUGAGAUGUGGCGCGGCCCAGAGUAUUAUCCCAUGCUCAACGACAGAGACCGAGAAAUGGAACUUUUCACGGGCAAGAAACCGAGGGAGACCAAAGCACGAGAGGAUCAAAGUUCAUCAGGAAGUGAAGAAGAAGAAAAACACGUGAAACAAGAGGAGGCCGAAGAACAAGAGCAAGAGGAAGAACAGGAGGACGAACAAGAGGAUGAACAGGCGGAGGACCAAGAACAAGAGCAGCAGCUGGACGGAGAGCAGAAUGAAGAUAAUGAGGAGCAGGCGGAACAACAGAACGAAGAAGAUGAGGUUACGAUUCCCGACAUGGAUGCCAUCACCGACAUUGACGAACUGGACGAACUGGAAAAUAAAUUCGAAAAGAGAGAGAAAGAGCUCAUAGCUCUGGUCCAUGAAGCAAAGGAAGUGAUCCGAAAGGUCCAAGAACGCAAGAGGGACCAUUUCAAAAAGAAGUCCCGUGCCUCAAAGAAGGCCCGAGAAAGAUUGCUGAAGAAGCUAGAAGAAGAGAACAAGAUCUCAGACCACUGGGAAGCUAAGGAAAGAGAGUAUACCGAGAAACUACAGCGCUCAUCAGCCACGUCUUCUGCCAUAUCCCCUCCCCCCGAACAAGAGGCCGAACGUCCUGCGAAGCGACGACGGGUUGUUGAGCCGGAGGAGUGA